CCGAGCCCCGCAAGCCCCGCCCGCGCCCUGCACCUCCGCCCGGCGGCCGGCGGGGGAGGGGAUGCGCCGGCGCCCGCGCGCCGCCCGGAGCUGCGGGCCGGCCUAGAGCCGCGCGGGCCCCGCGCCCGAGCACACGCCGCCGAACUGCGGGCGCCGCGAUGCAGCGGCCCGGGGAGCCGGGCGCCGCGCGCUUCGGGCCGCCCGCGGGCUGCGCCGACCACAGGCCGCACCGCUACCGCAGCUUCAUGAUCGAGGAGAUCCUCACCGAGCCGCCGGGGCCCAAGGGCGCCGCUCCCGCCGCCGCCGCCGCCGCCGCGGGCGAGCUGCUCAAGUUCGGGGUGCAGGCGCUGCUGGCCGCGCGGCCCUUCCACAGCCACCUGGCCGUGCUGAAGGCCGAGCAGGCGGCGGUGUUUAAGUUCCCGCUGGCGCCUCUCGGCUGCUCCGGGCUGGGCUCCGCGCUGCUGGCUGCGGGGCCCGCGCUGCCCGGCGUGGCGGGCUCGCCGCACCUGCCCCUGGAGCUGCAGCUCCGCGGGAAGCUGGAGGCGCCGGGCGGCGGGGAGCCGGGCGCCAAGGCCAAGAAGGGGCGCCGGAGCCGCACAGUGUUCACGGAGCUGCAGCUGAUGGGCCUCGAGAAGCGCUUCGAGAAGCAGAAGUACCUCUCCACCCCGGACAGAAUAGACCUCGCCGAGUCCCUGGGCCUGAGUCAGUUGCAGGUGAAGACCUGGUACCAGAAUCGGAGGAUGAAGUGGAAGAAAAUAGUGCUGCAGGGCGGCGGCCUGGAGUCCCCCACCAAGCCCAAGGGGCGGCCCAAGAAGAACUCCAUCCCCACCAGCGAGCAGCUCAGCGAGCAGGAGCGCGCCAAGGAAGCCGAGAAGCCGGAGAAGCCGGCCGAGGCGCCGGGCGAGGCCAGCGACCAGGGCCGCGAGGACUGAGCGUGCGGCCGGGGACCCCCGCCCUGCGGCCCCGAGCCCGCGAGCAGCCCGAGCCGGUCCUCCGCCUCCGCGCCGCGGGCUUCCCUAACGGUCAUCGGUACCUUGGAUGCGGGCCGGCGAGGAGGGACGCGGACCCCGAAGCCAAGCCGGGCCCCGGCCCCCGGCCUCCCGGAGACUCACCGGCAGUGGCCUCUGCGCGGAGCCCGCGCACGCCCGCUCCCCCGCAUCCCGCCUGGGGCGCCCAGGCCCCGCCGGUUCCCGCGUCAGGGCGGCGAGGCCCGCGGACGUCCCGGCGGCUCGGCCUGAAGCCGGUCCCUGGCGUCGCGGGGCCCCUACCCUUCUCUUGCGAAAACGGUGAUUUUUUUCCCAAUAAAAUAUUUUAUG